AUGUCUGUAUCUCGUCGUUGCAUUGAUUAUCUUAGUUAUCAAGUCAGGAACCUUCGAGCGAUUGCUUCAAUCAAAGUCCCCGUUAAAAAGCUUCAUAAACGUUAUGCCCACAUCCGCCACUCGCUUGAAGAAUUGCCUCUUGGGGAUAUCAGUUCAUUUAAUGUUCGACUUGCCUCGUAUUUUCGCAGUGGCAACGUUCAAGCAACAUGGGCUCUCUUUUGUCACAUGCAUUUUUCAUGCUGUGACCUUAAUGCGUACACCAUUACCCCGGUUUUGAGUGCCUGCUCUGCUUUGCCGGGCACGAAAUAUGGAAAGCAAGUGCAUGGACUAAUGAUUAAAACAGGCGUGGAUGCCGGAACGGUAGCCAAAACUGCACUAAUGAACCUGUAUUCCAAGUAUGGAUGCUUGGGUGACUCGGUUAGGGCGUUUGAAGAAAUUGAACUGAAGGAUGUUGUGACUUGGAAUGCUAUGAUUUCGAGCUUUUUGAGGCAUGGUCUUGCUAAAGAUGCACUUCAUGUUUUUGCAAGAAUGAGAAGAGAAAGAGUGAGGCUUAGCGAGUUUACGUUGUGUUCUGUGUUAAAAGCUUGUUCUUCUUUGAAGGCUAUUGCACAAGGAAAGCAGAUUCAUGGUUUGGUUGUUGUGUUUGGUCGUGAUUUAGUGAUUCUGAGUACUGCUCUCGUCGACUUUUACUCGGAUAUGGAACGUAUUAACGAUGCCCUGAAAGUUUUCUCCAGUUUAAAAGAUAGAAAAGACAAUGUAAUGUGCAAUUCUUUGAUCAGUGGCUGCAUUAAAAAUCGAAGGUACAAAGAGGCAUUUUCGAUUAUGAGUAAAAUGAGACCCAAUGUAGUUGCACUUACUAGUGCUCUAGGAGCUUGCUCUGAAAACUCCGAUUUGUGGAUUGGAAAGCAAAUUCACUGUCUGUCAUUACAUUUUGGGUUCACCGAUGAUACCCAAUUAUGUAAUGCUAUAUUGGAUAUGUAUGCAAAGUGCGGGAAGAUUUUGUAUGCAAGAUCAUUGUUUGAUGGGAUUUCAAACAAAUGCGUGGUUUCAUGGACGAGCAUGAUCGAUGCGUAUGGUAGUCAUGGAUAUGGGAUUGAAGCUCUCGAGUUAUUCAAGCAGAUGGAGGUGAACAGAAAUGGAGUUAUGCCCAAUUCUGUAACAUUUCUUGCUGUUUUAUCUGCUUGUGGGCAUUCUGGGCUAGUUGAAGAAGGCCGAAAGUGUUUUCAUUUAAUGAGGGAGAAGUAUGGUCUUGACCCGGAUCGAGAACAUUAUGCUUGCUUCAUUGAUGUUUUAGGUCGAGCUGGUCGAAUAGACGAGGCAUGGUCUCUCUUUGAUGGUAUGGUUAAGAAUGGUACAAACCCUACAGCAGCAGUUUGGAUAGCAUUGCUAAACGCUUGUAGUCUUAAUCAAGAUAUUGCCAGAGGCGAGAUUGCCGCGAAGCGUCUGUUGGAAGUGGAACCGGAUAAGCCCAGCAAUUACGUGCUUCUUUCGAAUUUCUAUGCAGCAUUUGGAAGAUGGGAUUCUGUUGAUAAGUUGAGAGAUGUAAUGAAGCAAAAAGGGCUCAAUAAAGAAGCCGGAAGUAGUCGAGUCACUGUUAAACCCCAUGACAAAACCGUUAUCAUCGGAGAAAGUCGUAUUGCCGGAGUAUUUCUUUGAAAAUGUACGAUCAGUUCCUUUCAUUUACCUUCUGUACUUUCUCUUAAAUAGAGUACAAAUUGUUUCUUUCUUUUUUGGUUGCAUUUUGAUAAAACUUUCCAAAAUAAAACAAGUUUUGUCCAAAA